GGCCAGUGAAGGGAGAGACGGCGACCGAGCUGCACGGGUCCGCGCCCUCUCCGUCGGGUCGAUCGCUGUGCUCGGAGACAGAGCUGCGCGAGCUAGAGAGGCCGAGUGGAGUGUGGGUAGAGCAGUGGGAGCAGCCGCAGGCCGCCUCCAGGCAGAGUCGGCCAGUCAGUCACCAUGGGCACGGGCAGACGGAUUCUGUUCCUGUGCCUCGUCGUAGUCGCUGUGACAAUCGUCUCAUCUACAGAAAGUCCAAGGAAACGAAUUCACAUUCGCCGGCGGGACCCGGCCCGUCAGGAGACCUCACAGACCUCGAGUCGUCGGCGGGCGCCACAGACCCGUGAGCCUGCUACCGAGCCCUCUGCGCUGACGGUGGAGGAGCUGCUCUCUCAGGCAGCCUCCCAGCGGCGCCUCAAUGUCGCUCAGGAGCAGGAGAUCGAGAACGAUGUAACGAGCAGAGGAAGAGGAAGGGGUCGCGGCCGGGGCUCCAGCGCCGCCGCCGCCGCUGCCGCCACUGACUCCGACUCCGACUCAGCCUCUGUCUCCGCGACCGCGACCGCCUCCACCGGUCGGACUCGCGCCAGAGGUCGGGGUCGAGGUCGGGGUCGCGGUCGCGGCAGGGGCCGCGGCUCCGCUGCCCAGAUUGCUGUCUCGAAGACCCAGGUGGCGGGUUUGCCGUCCAUCGCCAAACCUUCGCUGUCGCCUCUGCCCACCGUGCCUUCGCUGCCGGUGGCCACCUCGGACCGCAAGAUCGUCUGCUACUUCGUCAACUGGGCCCAGUACAGGUCCUCGAUCGGAAAGCACCUUCCGGAGCACGUGGACCCGUUCCUCUGCACCCAUAUCGUCUUCGCCUUCUCGUCGAUGAAGCACAACAAGCUGUCGCCGUUUGAGCACAACGACCUAUCCAAGGACGGCAAGAUCGGUCUGUACGAGCAGGUGACCAACUUGAAGAAGGCCAACCCCAAGCUGAAGACACUGCUUGCUAUCGGCGGCUGGUCGUUCGGCACGGCAAAGUUCAAGGAGAUGUCUUCCAACCGUUACAACCGUCGCACCUUCGUGUACAGCGUGGCACCCUACCUGCGGGAGCACAACUUCGAUGGCCUCGACCUCGACUGGGAGUACCCCAAGGGCUCAACCGACAAGCAGAACUUUGCCGAGCUCGUCAAAGAUCUGGCCGAGGCGUUCGCUCAGGAGGCGAAGGAGACUGGCAACGAGCGUCUUCUGCUAACUGCCGCCGUGCCUGUCGGUCCCGACACCAUCCGGGGAGGAUAUGACGUCCCCAAGCUGGCUAGGUACCUGGACAUCUUCAACAUCAUGGCGUACGACUUCCACGGCAAGUGGGAGCGUCAGACGGGCCACAACGCACCCCUGAACGCCCCCUCCAGCGACUCGGAGUGGCGCAAACAGCUCUCUGUCACCAACGCCGUCAACAUGUGGAUCCGACUCGGAGCCCCCAAACACAAAAUCGUGGUCGGAAUGCCGACGUACGGUCGCAGCUUCACGCUCGCGAACCCCGCUAACAGCAAGGUGAACGCUCCUGCCAGCGGCGGAGGCCAAGCCGGCAAGUACACCAAGGAGGGAGGCUUCCUGGCCUACUACGAGCUGUGCGAGAUGAUGUACGAGGGCGCCCAGUACGUCUGGGACGACGAGAUGUCCGUACCGUACCUGGUCCAGGGCAACCAGUGGUGCGGCUUCGACGACGAGCGAUCCAUCCGCAUCAAGAUGGACUUCAUCAAGGAGAUGGGCCUGGCUGGAGCCAUGGUCUGGUCCACGGAUAUGGACGACUUCACGGCCACUGCCUGCCGCGGCGCCAAGUACCCGCUCAUCACCGCCAUGAGGGAGGAGCUUCUGGGUAUUCCGCGUGAGGACAAGAAGAAGGACAUCGACUGGUCCAAGAUUUCUCCGUCGCGACCCGCGCUGCCCCCGGCGGCUGUGGCCCCCAUCAUCACACAGCUGUCCACUGCUGACAUCCUGGCUCUGCUUAAGGCCCAAGGUAUCACUCCUGAUGCCAACACCAUCCAGAAGCUGGGUCAGGUGCAGCUGUCUGCCGCGGGCCGUGGUACCGCAGCCGUCGACCAGUACAACGACAAUCUGUCGGCACCCAAGGUCUUCUGCUACGUGUCCAGCUGGGCACGUGACCGUCCCGGCCGCGGGAAGUUCACCCCCGCCGACCUGGACCCCACUCUUUGCACCCACGUGGUCUGGGCUUUCGCCAAAAUCAUCAAUGGUGGCGUGGAGCUGCCUUCGCGCGACCAGGAUCCCCGCGACGAGGACAGCGACUACCAACAGCUGCUGCGACUCCGCGAGGCCAACCCGAAACUCAAGCUCCUGGUCGCCCUUGGAGGCUGGUCGGCCGGUCCCGAGCCCUUCCAGGAAAUCACCUCAAGUGACUACAAGAUGAACAACUUCGUCUACGAUACCGUUGACUUUAUCCGGAAGAACCAGCUGGAUGGUAUCGACAUCGACUGGGAAUACCCGAGCGGCUCCGCCGACCGCCAGGCCUACAGCAAGCUGAUCCGCGAGUUCAAGCUGGCCUUCGAGGGCGAGGCGGCAUCCAGCAAGAAGCCGCGUCUGCUGCUGACCGCUGCUCUGCCGGCCAGCGCCGACGCCAUCUACUCAGGAUACGAUGUGCCGGAGAUUUCCAAGCACCUUGACUUCAUGAACAUCAUGUCGUAUGACUUCCACGGUACUUGGGACAGCGUCGUUGGACACAACGCUCCCCUUUACCCGCUGGAGACCGCGUCCCGGGAGGAGCAGAAGAUGAGCUUGGACUACGCGGCUCGUGAGUGGGUGAAGGAGGGCGCCAUCCCUGAGAAGAUGCUGAUCGGUAUGCCGACCUACGGACGCACGUUCACUCUCACGGACCCGGCUGAGUAUGACAUCGGAGCCCCCGUCAGCGGAGGAGGAAAGCCGGCCCGCUUCACGCGCGAGGAGGGCUUCGCCAGCUACUAUGAGGUGUGCGACGUGCUGGAGCGGGAGAACACCACCCUAAUCUGGGACAACGAGCAGAUCGUGCCGUUCGCCUUCAACGGCGACCAGUGGGUCGGAUUUGACGACGAGCGCUCUAUCACCGCCAAGGUUGAGUGGCUGCGUGACCUCGGCUUCGGCGGGGUGAUGGUGUGGGCUGCCGACCUCGACGACUUCCGAGGCACCUGUGGCACUGGACCGUUCCCUUUGGUGAACGCCAUGCUGGACGCCCUCGACGGAUACCGCGUGGCGUUCACAUACGACGGAGGCGCCGCCUUCACACCGGGCAAAAAGGCUGACCCCAACGAAGUGGUGUGCGACAACGCUGACGGCGAGGUCACCUUCCACCGGGACGUCCUCGACUGCAAGCACUACUACCUGUGUCAGGGCAGCGUGCGCCACCACAUGCCCUGCCCGAGCGACCUGGUCUUCAACGAGGCGCAGUCCGUCUGCGAUUGGCCCGAAAACGUGGAGGAGUGCUCACAGUUCACGCUGGCCCCACCUGCCGCCUAGUGCUGCCAUCUAUGGGCAGAACAAGUGAACUGGCGCUUGCCGUCUCCGCCGCAUGGGUGAAAGUAUGAGAGGCAUUUAGAGGAGUGCAGUGGAAUGGAGUGGAUUGUGGAAUGUGGAAAGCAGCGGCGGACGGUGGAUGUGACUUGGAUGCCAAAUUGGGACGGUGUGACGCGCACACAGUGAGACUUUAUCGAAGCAUCGUGCACCUUAGUGAUGUGAGCUGCAGAAAAGUGCAUGCACUGUGAAAAGUGAUAGAUAGGUAUCGACUUGGUAUUGCGGCCUCAUCAGUGGUAGGUAUAGCGAUAUGGCUUAAGAAAACUGUGUAUUCCCUCUGUAUCUGAUAGGUAGAUUGAAAAAGACCCGCGAAAGUGCCUUCCAUGGAACGUAGUCAUAAGCCUUUUUAACUUUUACAGAAAAGGGCGAUUUGCUAAAUUAGAAAGGCUCUUACAAUAUAAUAAUAGGCGGUGGAGCGGGAGGGGCACCGGGGCACCGUGUCCCCUUGAUUUUGCCAUUUUAACAUUAGCCCUAUGGGCGUUGCAUGGAAAGAAUGAGACCAAAAGUCGGUAGUGCCCUCCCCCCCCCUUAAUUGAAGGUGUUCCGCCGCUACUGGAUUUAAUGCCACCUUGUGAUUGGAGAAAUUCUUAUUUUGUUUGUCAUUUAGUAUUUCAAGAGAUACUCCACUUGUAAAUCAUGUCAAAUGUCAAUAUUCAAGACAUACCAACUGUCGUGCACUUUGACUAGCAGUGACCAGUGACGUCAUGAAGACAGCUGACUGUGGUAGUUUGCCGAUACCGCCGCUGAUACAAAUUAGCCGCCGUGCUGACUGGUGUGACGCAGCGGGUGCCCUGCCCGCCUGUCCCGUCAGCGAGUCCGUUGUAUUUUAUUUAUAGCAGCUGUGCUGGUACAGAGAUCGGCCCGGAGGGGCUGACCCGGUCACGUGACCUGGCGAUAGUACGCGGGGUCGCCGCUAGGCGGCCAGCCGUCAGGCAGUCAGACAAUAAACGUGAGAAAUGUGA